GGAGUUGAUACGAUCAGAAACAGAUUGUAACUCGAUCGAGACAAAAUGCUUGGUAAAAGACUUAAGUACUUUGUCUGCUUUAUUGGAGUCGCUCUCAGUUUGUUUUACGAGACUGAGUCAAUUGUUACUGAGACGAUUUUCGCAAAAUGCGGAGAUAAAAAAACAUUGCAAUGCCUUACAGAGGAUGGCCAGAAGGGAAUAAUCAUGAAAGGAGUGGUUGUUAAAUCUAAUGAUGGCAAGCUGGUAUUAGAAUCCGUCACCAAGAAAGACGAAGGUUUAUACGAUUGUUUCUUUAUUGGUUCAUCGAUUCCUGUGAGACGUUACGAAGUAAAAUUAAGCGAGUCAAAAAACAAUAGUUGUAAAUGAAAAUUGUUAUAUCGUUAACUUUGCUGUGUGUGUACUUUUCUGUAAACAAAAAACAUUGUGCUUAAUAUUUCUUUUUCUGUGAUAAUUCAUAUUUUGGUCAUAUAUGUUUAGUCGAGCCUUUGCAAAGUAAUAUUUGUAUACAUGUGCAUUGUUUUUAGGUUAUAAGUAUAAAAGUAAAUUACAUUCAUUCAC